CAAUUUACAUGAAACACGAAGUAGUAUCAUAUACUUAUAUAUACUUAGAACACUACGCUGAGUGCUCUCAUUCUUUCUUUCUUUCAUUCAUUCUCAAACUCUUAUAACAGAGAUUUACACACACACAUUCACUUUCUUUUUAUCUCUCUCUUUUCUGGCUUGAAAAGAACCCUCGUUGUUACAACAGAAAGCAGCUUCUUUAACAGUUUGCUCCGUUUUGUUUGCAGCUUUGUUUUGAUGCAAUGGGGAUGUUGGGAAGCUCCACCACCUCAUUGUGUCUUGGAAAUCAUCAUUGUGUUGAAUUGGCCAAAAAGCAUAUGAUGAGUAAUGUGAGAGAAAAAACUUCAAAGGCAUUAGGCGCAAUCGGUUUCAUUGUAUGGGUCAUUGCUGAGAUACCUCAAAUAAUCACAAACUACAGAGAAAAAUCAACCGAGGGUCUCUCUGCUACUUUCUUGAUUACAUGGAUCAUAGGAGAUAUAUUCAACGUCUUUGGAUGCUUGCUGGAACCAGCUACCCUUUCAACACAAUUAUAUACAGCAGUGCUGUAUUUCAUCAUAACUGUUUCACUUUGUUUACAAGCAAUAUACUAUGGACACAUAUAUUCUCCUAUGAAGUAUCAUAAACAGCUCAAGAUCGCCAAUGAUGGGAAAAUUGAGACACCAACAAAUUUGGAACAAAACCACAGUGGAAUGAAUAAUGGAAGUGAUGCUGAUCAAAGUAAGGAGUUUGAUGACUAUAUUACACACAAUGCUUUGAGUUCUACAAUUCCUGUUCUGAUCAUUACUAAAAGAAGUUCUGAUGGAAGGGAAAUAUGCCACCAGUCACCAACGUAUCCAUCUCUGACAGCGGAAUCCGUCUUAGCCCAGGAUCCAGUAGAAGAGCCCUUGCUUCACUCCUCUGCUGCUACACAAUCUGAUCCAGUUUCAAAGAUCAAAACUACUCUGUGUUUGGUUUCAUCAUUAACUUUGCUUGGUGUCUUCAAUCUGCUUCAAUCAUCAGAUAGAGGAAUGGUCCAAAAACCAAGUCAAGAAUUUGUGAUCUACGUCGGACGUAAGCUUUUUCAGGUUAGUGGUGAUCAGCAAGCAGAGCAUCCUGUAGAACACAGUAGUAUUGGGACCUUACUUGGUUGGGCAAUGGCAUUUAUAUACAUGGGUGGAAGAUUUCCUCAAAUUUGUUUAAACAUGAAAAGGGGUCACACUCAGGGCGUCAAUCCUUUGAUGUUUCUCUUUGCUUUGGUUGGGAAUUCUGCCUAUGUAGCAAGCAUCCUUGUGAGAAGCUUGGAUUGGUCACAAAUCAGGCCAAAUCUGCCAUGGGUAGUAGAAUCAGGAGGAUGUGUCCUUCUUGAUUUUUUUAUUUUAAUUCAAUUCAUAUAUUUUAACCAUUGGAACUCCAAAGGCUUGGGUAGUAAGUUCAAAAAUCAAACUGCUGCUUAAAUGACAGUAACAUGAAUUCUCAGAUGUUGGUAGCUUCCAUGCUGUCUCCAAAUUAUUGCUGAGUGAAGGUGAAAUGGACUUUGGUGACUGCUAGUAAAGUGUUUCCUAUGAAUGAAGUACAGAGAGCAUAAGAGGCAAAUUAAUGGUCCAAUUUUACUUGUUCAAACCUGCAAUUUUGUUGUUUUAAUUUGUUACUUAUAUUUUGUAUUUAUCUAUAGUUUUCUAUGUUCGCUGAGAAUUUCAUUUGUUCGGGAGUUAGAAUCUUAGAAUAGUAACCAAGAGUACUAGCGAAAGAAGAAUAAAUAAUUUACAGAUUUUGUCAAAUUUACAUAUAAGACGAGUAGUUUAAUUUUAACGAGGGUUAACAAUAUUAUUCUGGAUAAUCUUUCUCUUGUAUUAAAGCCUUUGAAUAUAG